UGGUGAUCUUUCGGGAUAGUUGAUAGAAAAGCACCCCACAAUCCAAGAGAAACAGAAACAGGCUUUCCACCCCUCCAUUUCAACCCCUUAAACGGUGCGCUUGACCCAAUCAGCAGGCGCCUUAUCAAGUCCCGCCCAGGUCCCAACGUCACACCUUCCCAAGUUAGGCGCUGAAACGCAAGACAGUUCAGCGGAGUGCUUGUGGCUCUGCCGGGCAUCUCCCUGGGAUGCAACGCCCCUUCAUUCGCGUCCGUUCGCUGAGCCUCCCCCGAGAUCCCGUUGCUACUCUUUGCAACAGAGCCCAAAGCACCCAAACACUGCUGCUCGCUUGGCAGCAGAAACUCUAUUCUGUCGUGAGCGCUUCGACCGACCGACCGCCUGAGCAACGCGCAUCUGUACCUUAUCCGCACCGAACCGCAACCCUUCCCGCCGCUAGAGAAAAAAAAUCGAGACGAACGACGACCCGCGAGACUGUUCGUGCCGCGUUUUUGGUGCCGCCGCGCAAAGGGCCGGAGAGGGCCAACUAAUAUUCAACCCUUUUCUGUUCGAGCAAUAGUGACCGCCAGACUGCGGCCAGCUCAAGGGAGAGAGGGGAACAAGGAGAAAGCAAGAAAGUUCGACAUUCCAGCAGAGGGCGCAACUUGUGAAACCGAGGGAUAGCAGACGACAACCACCUCCUUUUUUCUUGUUCCACCACCACCACAUACCACACAUACAUAGAAAUCUACAACUUGUAGACAGGAAAGAAAUACGGUCCUAGUCCCCCGAAAAGGGGCUCAACAUUAGCAAACAUGGCGUAUAAUCGUUUAAACGACGAUUAUUACGAGAGCCAUCCCAUGGAGACGCGUAACCCACGCAGGAGUCCUUCUCCUGCCCAUCCCAUGCAAUCUGGGUACCAACUUGACGACGCGCCCUACGGACACUCCCAUCUGGAUAUGCCCAGUGCUGGUCCUGGUAGAUUCAGCCCUGGUGAUUCGUUACAAAUGCAGACCGCUGUGAGUAUCUCUGGGAAUGGGGGGAUGUUGAGGGCGGAAGACUGACUCUGGUGGAAUAGCAAUCCGUAGACAACUUGGGGGGGUAUGGAGUGAACCCGGAGGCACACCAUGAUGCCUACUACAACCAACCAUAUGAGCCAACGCCCAUGCAGGGCCAAGGGUAUGACGGGGGUGGAGGAUAUUUCCCCGAGGACGACAGACGGCCGAUGUUGACGCACAACGACUCGCAAGUUGGGCAAAACGACCCCUAUCACGACAAGCAGCAGGCGCCAAAAAAUCAAAAUGCGAUCAAGAGGUGGAAGACGGUCAAGCAGGUUCUGUUGUACCGCGGGAACUUGGUUCUUGAUUGCCCAAUUCCUCCAAAGCUGCUGAACCAGCUUCCCCACGGAGAGCGCGAUGAGUUCACCCACAUGAGAUAUACGGCUGCCACCUGCGAUCCUUCGGAUUUCUACAACGAGAACUUCACCCUCCGCCAAAAGCUCUUCAGCAAGCCCAGACAUACCGAGCUGUUCAUUGUGGUCACCAUGUACAACGAAGACGAAAUUCUGUUUGCGCGUACCAUGAUUGGUGUGUUCAAGAACGUCGAGUACAUGUGCAAACGGACUGAGAGCAAGACCUGGGGCAAGGAUGCGUGGAAGAAGAUUGUGGUGUGCGUCGUUAGUGACGGUCGUGCCAAGAUUAACCCAAGGACGAGAGCUUUGCUCGCUGGUAUGGGUGUGUAUCAAGAGGGUAUUGCCAAGCAGCAAGUUAACAAUAAGGACGUCACGGCACACAUCUACGAAUACACCACCCAGGUCGGCAUGGCCAUCAAGAACGACGUUGUGCAGCUUAUUCCCAAGCAGCAGCCCGUUCAGAUGCUUUUCUGUCUCAAGGAAAAGAACCAGAAGAAGAUCAACUCUCAUCGUUGGUUCUUUGACGCCUUUGGAAAGGUGCUGGAUCCCAACAUUUGCGUGUUGAUCGACGCUGGUACCAAGCCUGGUGGCAGCUCGAUUUAUCAGCUUUGGAAGGCUUUCGACCUUGAGCCCAUGUGCGGUGGUGCUUGCGGCGAGAUCAAGGCUAUGCUAGGCAAGGGUGGAAAGAAUUUGAUCAACCCACUGGUGGCCACGCAAAACUUCGAGUACAAGAUGAGUAACAUAUUGGACAAGCCUCUCGAAUCUGCCUUUGGUUUCAUUUCCGUCUUGCCCGGUGCCUUCUCGGCUUACCGGUACGUUGCGCUGCAAAAUGACAAGAACGGUCAGGGGCCGUUGGAGAAGUACUUUGCUGGUGAGAAACUGCACGGCGGUGAUGCUGGUAUUUUCACAGCCAACAUGUACCUCGCCGAAGAUCGUAUUCUGUGCUUCGAGCUUGUCACCAAGCGGAACUGCCACUGGAUUCUUCAGUACGUCAAGUCGGCCACGGGCGAGACUGAUGUGCCAGACACGGUUACCGAGUUGAUUCUCCAGCGUCGUCGCUGGCUUAACGGUUCUUUCUUCGCUGCCAUCUACGCUAUUGUCCACUUCCAUCAGUUCUUCCGGUCCGAUCACUCUAUUUUCCGCAAAUUCUUCUUCUUUAUCGAAUUCAUCUUCAACACCAUCAACAUGAUCUUCGCUUGGUUCGCUAUCGGCAACUUCUUUUUGGUUUUCAAGAUCCUGACGACUAGUUUGGGAGACGAAAAACUAUUGGGUAAAGUGGGCGAAAUCUUGGGUGUGGUGUUCCUCUGGCUGUACGGCGUAUCGCUCAUGACAUGCUUCGUCUUGGCGAUGGGCAACAGGCCAGCUGGUUCCGGGAGAUAUUACAUGGCCAUGGUUAUUUUCUGGGCCAUCAUCUUCAUCUAUCUCAUGUUUGCAGCCGUAUACAUCGCCGUCGACGCCAUCAUUCAAGAUCUGCAAGUUAACAACUUCAGCAUCGAUUCUUUGUUCAAGAACCAGGUCUUCUACACGUUGAUCAUCUCGGUUCUGUCGACGUACGGUCUUUGGUUCAUCGCCUCGCUCAUGAUGUUCGACCCCUGGCACAUGUUCACCUCGUUGAUUCAGUAUAUGUUGCUCUCUCCCACCUACACCAACGUCCUGAACGUGUACGCCUUUUGCAACACGCACGACAUCUCGUGGGGUACCAAGGGUGACGACAAGCCGGAUGCUUUGCCCACAGUAAGCACCAAGGACGGUCAGGGUAAGACUGAUUUGCCUGAUGAGGGUGAUCUCAACGCGCAGUACGAGAGGGAAAUGCAAGUCUUUAGCCGCAAGCCCGUCAAGGAGGUCAAGGCCCCAACACCGGCUCAGCUCGAGGAGAAGCAGAUGGAUUACUACAGAGGCGUCAGGACGGUGGUCGUGUUGAUUUGGAUGUUGAUGAACUUUGCCCUGGUCGCUGUCGUGCUGAGCACGGGCGGUCUGGACAGAGUUGUGGAGGACGAUUCGGGGAGAACCGAGGAGGAGUCCAAGGCCCAUAAGGCCAACAUUUACUUGCAGGUGGUGUUGUGGAGUGUGGCUGGUUUGAGUGCGUUCAAGUUUAUUGGCGCGUUGUGGUUCUUGAUUGUGAGGAUGUUUAGAGGUGUCUAAAGUGAUACCAGGGUAAUAUCUGUUUGAAACGAAGACAUGAGAAACUCUUUCAUAGGGGAUGAAAAUGAGGGGGGAUGGAUACCACGGAUGUGGGCGGUUAGAGAUACCUUGGUUGCGUUUUUCUUUUCUAACGGGUUUUUUUAAAGCUUUUUUGGAGUCUAUCUCCUUGGGAGAUGGGGGGAUAUUUCUUGAGAGUUUUGUUUUGAUGAAUGUUAGCCU